CCGCGCGAAACGCGACGGUGCCGUGAAGUUCGCCGCGCGAGAGAUACCCAUCGGCACCCGCGCGCGCGCGCUCGGUAGUAGCGCGCCUUUAGUCGCUAGUCGUCCGUAGAUCGCGCGAGGAGGCGCGAGAUAGGAAGUGAGGUAAAAGGAGCGCGAGAGGAUACGUUCGAGCGAGCGAGCGAGGUACGGAGGAGGCGUGAUCGACGCGAGGAUUACCGCAGGACGUGGUGUCUCUCUGCGCGUGCUAUGUGGGACGUCGCGGAGCGAAACGUCGCGGCUCGAGCGCGGAAUGGGGCCCGUUGAUCGGGCCCGGAACAACGGCUACGGGCUCCGACGCGCACCGACCACGGAGACAUGGACGUCAUCGGGGACGGGGACGAGCAGACCCUCCAGGCGAUUCUCGGCCGCGGCGACUUUGUCGGAGGGAUAGACAACGAAGCCCUAGAUUUCUCGCAGUUGGAGGAUUUUAUCAACAGCGACAGUGAGCAACCUGCGACAUACUUCGCAGACACCCUCGCUCACAAUGAGAACGAGGGUGGAACGGCGGCUCACAAUGGCCGGGUGGUCGAGCCGCAAGCAGCACCGGUCACUCAGCAGCCACCGCCGGCGCGAUUACCGUCGCCGCAGAUGACACAGGCUCAUCCGGUCUCGAUAACCUGCGCCUCUGGUACCACGACGGUACCCAACAACGGCGGCUACAAGGACCCGCAGUCGUACGUUCAUCCACACGCGCUACCAGAAAGCCCACCAGACAGUGGAAGCGAGCCGCCAUACUCGCCGCCGGGGCACAAUGACACUCAACAUGUGCACUCGCCACAUCAAAAGGCGGCUCUGCAAGAUAUACUGCUGCAUCAUCAGAACAACCAGUACGCUCCUAAUUUAUUACCACCCUCGCCGAGAGCGUUGCCCUCGACGACGACGGACCCUCUGCUGUUGACACCGGUGUUGACGCCUCACCUCGCGCCAGGAACGCCGAAUCUCCCGACCCCGCAGCAGAUAGGACCACCGUUGGUGCCGCUGUCGCACGAGCACAGUCCGGCCGGCAUCAAUACGCUGUACUCUUCCCUGCAAUCGGCCCCGAAAAAGAGGAAACUCAGUCAGGAUGGUCUUAUUCAUGUUAAGCAGGAACCCGAGCUGGGCACCGUGGAGCACAGUUGCAGCAGCAGCAGCGCGGUGCUGGACAACGAUGAGGUCACCGACAGCAGUUACAUCGAUGCCAGCUACCAGUGCAUUCGAUUCCACCCUUUCCAGCAAACGUCUUGGCACUCUCUUUGCGACCACAAUCUCAAGGAACUACCGGUGCCGCAUUACCGAGUGGACGCCGACAAGGGAUUCAAUUUCAGCAAUUCCGACGACGCGUUCGUUUGCCAGAAGAAGAACCAUUUUCAGAUAACGUGUCACGCGCAGCUCCAAGGGGAGGCUGUAUUCGUCAGAACUGGUGAAGGCCUGAAGAAGAUCAGCGGCUUUCAGUUGCACUUCUACGGGGUCAAGGUGGAGUCUCCGUCGCAGACGAUCCGAGUCGAGCAAAGCCAAAGUGACAGGAGCAAGAAACCAUUUCACCCGGUGACAUAUCAUUACAGGGUCGAAUUGGGCGGCGAACGCGUUACGAAAGUCACGGUUGGCCGCCUGCACUUCAGCGAAACCACGAGCAACAACAUGCGCAAGAAGGGGAAACCAAAUCCGGAUCAGAGAUAUUUUCAUUUGGUCGUCGGAUUGCAUGCCCAUACUGCAGACCAAGCCAGUUAUCAAGUGGUGGCUCACGCAUCCGAACGUAUAAUCGUCAGGGCGAGCAAUCCAGGACAAUUCGAAUCGGAAGGCAGUGGCGUAGGUGCUGAAGGUGGGUGGCAGAGAGGAGCAGCGCCAGACAGCGUUUACCAUGCCGGCAGGGUCGGAGUCAACACGGACAGGCCGGACGAAGCUCUUGUCGUGCACGGCAAUAUGAAAGUAACGGGUCACAUCGUUCAACCUAGUGACGCGAGGGCGAAGCAAAACGUCCAUGAAGUGGACACGCGCGAGCAAUUACGAAACGUGCAACAAUUGCGCGUUGUGCGUUAUCGGUACGCGCCGGAAUUCGCGCAGCACUCGGGUCUGGAUGUCAAACAGGAAGACACCGGUGUCAUAGCGCAGGAGGUGCAGCAAAUUCUGCCGGAAGCCGUCCUGCCAGCCGGCGAUAUAAUUCUGCCAAACGGCCAGAGAAUUGAGAACUUCUUGGUGGUGAAUAAAGAGAGAAUAUUUAUGGAGAACGUUGGCGCGGUCAAGGAGUUGUGUAAGGUGACGGAUAGCCUAGAAACGAGAAUAGAUCAGUUAGAGAGAAUAAAUAAACGACUAGCGAAAUUGAAAAGAGGUGAUAGUUUAAAGAGUUCCAUCAGCACAGUAUCUAGUAUAUCAGGCAAUAAAUAUUCAUCUUCUAUCAAUAGUAAAUCGUCCUUACAUGGAAAAACGAAAAGGCUCGAGAGGGAGGAAGACCUCCUCUGCAGUAAUAAAUUUAUUCAAAUUAUCAUUGUUAUACUUAUCCUCAUCAUGGCAUUUUGUUUGGUUGCGAUGGCCACUUUAUAUUUCUUAGAAUAUCAAAAACGCAGCAGCAUUGAGUGGUCCGCGAUGGCGAGCAACGGAAUGUUGGCCAUUGGUCCGGCUCACCCACCCACCAUGUCCACCACUCCUAAUUACGAUCCACGAUACAAUUCGUUACUACACAGUACGCUGGCCUCUUUGUACACCAAGCACGGUUCUUACACAAGAGGAUUAGACGGUGGAUUAUCUGUCAAAAGUAAUUCUCUCACCACACCGCCGUCACAUACCAAACAGCAGCUGUAUUCUCAAGAAAUAACGUGGUACCCGAUAAGUCAUCCGGGUCCGCAGCCUAAAAUUGAGAAAAAUAACGAGUUCCCCGGUAAUUGGCUCAGUAGGAACGGUGCGGGUGCCGUGCCCAGUAACGUGGAUGAAAACGAGCAAGCCUCGGACGUAGAUCCUUCAUCUACCAAUAAGGGUCCGAUACCUUUGGGAAGACCUCAGGAAUGUCAGGCGCAUUUUACCGAGUUCGGAAUUCCAUGUCGGAUAUACUGUUGCACAGAGAUCAUCAGACAGCAUCAGGAAGAUCCUUCUGAUCAGCCUGAUCAUCCACCAGAGAAGAAAUCCAUUUCAGAUCACCUGGAACAGCCGCUGAAUAUACAUGAGGAGAAGAGAAAGAUAAAUAAAGGUUUUCAGAAUGGUAUUAGUCCAUCUGAUCCUAGUACUCAGACUCUCGUGAAGGAGGCCAAUUAUAAAUAUUUGCAUAAACGGGCGAGGCGAGAAACUGGUGGCGGCGAUUGGGGGGAAGUGGCUAGCAACGCCGCCGGAUCGUUACAGCCGGUACCCAGGCCGCAGUUAUAUGUAAUUGCGAAAAAUUUCAAUACCUCUUUAGAUCAAAGGUACUGCUUCCCGAUGUCGCCGGAUACGCCCAACAACAUCAGCUGCACCGUGCCUUUGUCGAAGCAUAUGCCGGAUACGUAUUUAACGUUACAUUUUGUUGGCACGCUCUUCUGGCAGAUCGUGCAGCAGUGCCCUUUCUCACCGAACACCGGCAUCGACGAAAUGUCAAUGCUGUGCAACCCGAACUACAACGUGCAGCAACAAAGUCAGUUCAUCGGAAGUAACAAUUCACCAGGUGAACAAUCAUUCCCCCUUGACGUCGCUCAUUACCUCAGGAAGACUUUGAAGUUUCGAAUACCUACGAUACAACCUCAAGAGAAUAUUUGCAAGAGCAAACAUGGCGUUGAUUAUUUGGAAUUUACACUAUACUUUUAUCGGGACUGCGAGGAGCAGUGAAUCUUCUCUCAUUGUACAGCGCACUCGUAGGACACUUCUUAGCGACACGUUUCUAAAAGUCUAACGACAAAAGCUAGAUUUUCCAUUCUAUUUAAGAGAAAAGAAAAAGAGCCUCCGUGCCUUCGUAAUCUGCCGUUUCUGCUUUCAUAGUUUACAGUAUACUUGUAUUUUAUACGUCAUCGUACCGCAUUACGUAAUAAUAUUAUUUACCGAUAUAAACGUAUCAACACGCAUGAUUUCUAACUCCGGAUAAUGCGUGUAACACUCACGUGUCAUCUUACGGUGGAAAUUUCUUACGGCUGGAAAUUUCUUUAGGUAUCGUAUGAACAUACGCAUGCAAUAUGAUUGCUUCGUUCGCCACGGGAUCAUAGCUAGUAAUAAGGACAAACGAACAAAUUAGCAAUAGCUGAUGCACUGCGAAAGACCACGGGUGCGAGAAGCGAUUUUCUCAUUUUCUCAUUACAUUGACCGGGCGAAAUCUCAGAAAUCAACUUUGUAUCCGUCAACGUGCUGCAUCUUUUCCAAUUGUGUUAACGAAUUCCCGAGAAGCCGAUUAUACUCGAGAUCUAGCCGUUUUGCGAUGUGUUAAUUUUUGAUACUGAUUUAUGGAUGACUCGUUAUAUAAAACAUAAUAGCUGAAGCUGCUGAUGAUUGACGAUGACAUCUUCGACACUUGCGAAGCUGAAUAAGCUCAUUGUCAAAAGAUACGUCGCACAAGGCAUGGUAGCGUUUAAGUUGUAAAAAAAGAGUGUCUCUUCUAUAAAAUGAACUUCUCUUUACAAUUGUGUACAAACAACGUAAUAUCGAGUAUUUAAUGUCGUAAUAUUUUACGCAGAUAUAUCGUUACCCAAAUAUGACAAUUACCGUUGAUUUUUAAUAAGUUAUUUUUACUUCGAAUAUCUCAUUCGCACAGUACAGUUCGUCGAGGCAACUAAUUGUUUUAAUAUUUUUAUUUGCAAUACCGCUUGUUUAUAUUGAACCGUAUUAUAGAAUUGCGAGUUCCUAAAAAUAUUGUAUAGUAAAUGUUUAUCAUAUAAUAUAAAAAAAAAAGUUAUCGUAUAUGUGCACACAUACUUUGCCACACUUGCUCUACAACAAACGGUAGAAAUAUAUACGCAUGGCAGCUUAAUAUUAGAGCAGCUAUUAGGAAACAAAUACUUCUGAUUGUGCAAACAUGCUGAUUUGAAUUUCGUAUAACAAUAAUGGCUAUAGACGCGUACUUUUAUUGUAUUAACAUGUGAAUCGUGUAAUGAUUGUAAUGUCAGGACGAGGAACAAUCUCCAAACGAUAUGAACGAACGAUAAGAAAAGCCUUGCCGUCCACGCGCGUAUUCUGUAUGGGAGAAAACGUUUUUACAGAAACAUCAUAAUUUAUCGAUCGAUUAUCUGUGUACCAGAUAAUCUGUGUCUAUACUCAAAGCUCAGUGCACAAACUUGUGAUGUAUUGUAGAGAAAUUGAAAUUUGGAUAAUUAUUAGCAUAUACAUAUCUUAUAUAAUAUAUAGGAAUUGUAUAAAUUAUACUUUAUUGUACAGUAAUAUACAUUUAAUUAUAUGAUUAUAAUAUAGCAGAUUAAUAUAGAGCGUUGCUAAAUGAUAUAUUGGCAAAUUUUACUUAUGGAUUCGAUUUAUGUUGCGACAGUAUACUCACGUAAAAAAUCUCGUUUAACAUUGAACACUGGAGACAAUUGUCAAACGCGUCUGACAGGGUAUAAAA